UCUCCAGAGAAAGAAGACAAUCACAGCAAAGCAACAAAGCGAUAUGGAAGAGGAAACUCAAAAUCGAGACAUAAGUUUACCAAAGAUGAGCUGAAGAGACUUAAACAAGAAUUUGAAUGCACUCCGUAUCCAGAUUUCACAACCAAGGAUGAGCUGGCCCGGCAGUUCCAGUGUGAAGUGAGCGUGAUUGGCAACUGGUUUCAGAAUAAAAGAGCCAGGUCGACACCGGAAUUGAAAGACAAGAUUUCUGCCAUGAGAAGAACUCGCAGGUGCCAAGACUACAUGCACAUAGGUCACCAGGAUACCCAGCCGCCGCAAGCUUCUGGCGAACCCUAUGGCUCACAUGACUCUGUGGUCCGAAGCAUUGGAAGGAGAUCAGUUGUGGACUAUCAAGGGGCCGCUGGAAGUGAGUCUUCUUUCAGACCAAAGGACUUUACUCUUCCUGCUGUGUCUGAGCAGUAUUAUAUGGGUGACCACCCUGCUGUGUCUGAGCAGUAUUAUAUGGGUGACCAGCUCAAGACACAGGAAACCCAACACUUCACAUUCUCUUACUGA